AUGCGUUUGCGAACGCUGUUGUUGGCGGCUGCGGCUUUGCUCACGUUAGUGCACGCCACAGGGAUUGAUGGCAGCUUCGACUCUGUGGGCGCCUCUGACGAAAGUGACCAUGCCGACGAUGCGAUCUUUCCUAGCCCUCGCGCGGAACAGGGUGCUACUCUGGCCGUGGGCACAGAUGCCACUCUUCGCGACGGGUCGAUGCUGUCGCACGUACCCCGACCACGCCCUGUGCUGACUGGCCGACCGCGUACGGGGGGGCUCAGACCGAUGCAGCCCACAUUGCAAGCUCCUCCGUCGAGCCCGGUACAGGCGGAGUCAGUGCUAGUUCCACAGCGCGCCCAGCCGCUCGAGAAAGGCAAAGGCAAGCUGCGCAGGUCAAGAGGACAAGACAAGGACGAAGACAGGUCUCCACCUCAGCGCGCAGAGGGUCAGGGAAGGAGGAGGUUGCGCCAGGGCCGUGAUUCGGCAGGUAGGGCUAGAAAGAUGCGUCAGACGGACACGGGUUCUUCGAGAGAACGGGUCGAGCAAAUGUCUUCACCUACCGCUCAGAGAGCGGCUAUGCCUGCUCCGCAGCCCAUGAUCGUCCCAGGAAUCUCGAUGGCUGACGCCACUGGACAUGCGCAGCAAGCUGCGCCUCCCAAUGCAGCGACCGAUGCUUUCCUUCCUAACCUCUUCAACUCGUAUCUCUCGUUUCCGCAACCUGGCCCCAGUUCUCAACCCCACACGUUCAACUACCACGGUCUGCGAUACGGACACUUCCCCGCUACAGAGCCCCUGCGCGAACUGCCCGCUCCGCCCUUCAGAGACGCGCAAGCCGGUAUGGCAUCAGUGCUACGACCGUCCGACAUGCGCUGGACAUUCGGGCAGGAAGAAAACCGACGGGGCGCAUACCAGAUGGCGCGCAGCCGUUCCAACACGGUGGCAGCUCGAACGGUUAUGGCAAACGAGGCAAAGCGGCUCUACGAGGUGGAGGCGGACAAGAUCCGAGAGGCGAUCGACAGGCACGAGUUCCCGCUGGAUACAUCGGACGAGUGGAGGAGCUGGGUGAGCCAGGAAGGCGUCAGUGUGCUGCUGAGCCAAAUUGAUCCUUCCAAGAUGAUCGGCCUGAAUCCUUUGGCCGUGUACGGUCGAGACAGACUGGCGGUUAAAAUCCACGGGAGCGAUCUCGCCGAGCAAGCCAUGAUCCCGCUGCACGACAAGCACGAAGAAUGGGCCGCCAAGUUCCUCGUCGCUUGGUGGACAGCCUAUCACAAUCGACUCCUCAGGACUGGAUUAGUGUAA